AUGGCGGCAUGCCGCCAGAAAGCUAUCUGUUAUUUUCAAGAUGCAGAGUUUUGGCAAAAUCUCAUUGUGUGGUGCUGGCAGUUUGAAGAAACACGGGAGCAGGCGGUGCUGGAGACGGUGCUGCCCGCCCCCGCCGAGGAGUCGAAUAGCACCGACGGCGCCAAGGCUCCCAAAGUGAACUGCGAGGAAAGAAACGUCACUGGCAUCGAGCGCUUCACGCCGCAGAUCCUGAACGUGUCUCAGGACCUGAUGGAGUUCUUAAACCCAAACAGCAGUGACUGUACGUUAGUCUUGUUCUAUACGCCGUGGUGCCGCUUUUCUGCCAGUCUGGCACCUCACUUUAAUUCUUUACCUCGAGCGUUUCCAACUCUUCGCUUCCUGGCGCUGGACGCAUCUCAGCACAGCAGUUUAUCAACUAGAUUUGGAACUGUGGCUGUACCCAAUAUCCUCCUUUUCCAAGGUGCUAAACCUAUGGCUAGGUUUAAUCAUACAGACAGAACGCUGGAAACACUGAAAGACUUCAUUUUUAAUCAAACAGGUAUAGAAGCUAAAAGCGAUGUGGCUGUGACCGAGGAAGACUGGGAAGGCCCCCUGCCUAGUGUUCUGACAAAAGGCAUAGACUGGCUGCUUCUGUUUUCUUUGCUCUUUCUGGCUAGCUUUGUCAUGUACGCUACCGUUCGAACGGAGAGCAUUCGGUGGCUGAUCCCGGGACAGGAGCACGAACAUCAGGAAUAAUCUGAGAUGCUGAAAUAGGGACAGGACUUCCCGCUUAUUGGUAAAGCGGGAAUUUGUAUGGGCUGGAAGUACAUAAGAAUGAACUGUUGAAUUUGUUGGUUGUAGCUUAUAACAUUGACUAAAAAUCUGCUUUAUUUAUCAACCACUGAAUCUGUAAAAAGCAAAUUCAUGGCAAUUAAUGUGGUAGGUAAACAAACACAAAAAACCACGAACUAAAAAAGUACUUAUUAAGCUGCUCCGAUCGGCUUAUUUUUUAUGGACUUUAAUGUAAAUUGGUGCUGCGGUUCUACUUUGCUCUUCUGAAGAGGUCCCUCAGCUUUGUAGAUCGAGUAAGAUGUUUACAGCACACUGACCUGUACGCCUGGCACUGCUUGGCACAGGAGCUGAGUUGCUUCUGCUCUGGUAGAAUCUGAGGAUCUUCCUUUACAGAUCCUACAGACGUAGGAACGAAAGCUUCUGUGUGGAUGAUGCGGUAAACACUACGGAAUUGGGAUGUGUUAGCCCACACAGAUCGUACUCGGUUUUUGGCUGGUGUAUUCCUGAAAUGUAACACUUUGAAGGAAAAUGCUGGUGAAUGGUGAUGUUGCUAAAUUAGUUUGACUGUCAGUAAAAUGAACUAUGAAGAAAAAGAUGUCUUAAACAGUGUACUUCAAAUGAGUUAUUCCACUGUAUACCAGCAGUAACAAUUCAAAAGCGUCUUAUACAGCUCUUGACGGGGUGACUAUUUCCCACCUUUGGUGCUGCGGUUAGAUGCUGGUUUUCUUGUUCACUGUGCUCUCCGAGUUCUGACUUAGUGGCAGUUCUUCUUAAGAGUUAGAAUAACUUCCAGAGCUCACCUCAUCGUGUGUGUGUACACAACUUAUUUACCACAUUCCUAUAGAAUUAAAUUACAUUCGUUGUCCUUACUCUUUUUUUAAAAUAAAUC